UGUGACUCCCCUGGGCACUCUGCUAAGUACCUCACAUACAGCUUUAUGGAUGCAGCAUCACAGAAGAUCAUCAACUCUGUGCAAAUUCAGGUCGGGGAGUCAGAAGAUAUUAGAUCCAGCAGCCACAUGGAAAAGGCCGGGUUCAUAAGGUGCCUGGACGAAGUGAAGUGCAAGGGCAUUACAGUUGCAUCUAUCACUACUGAUCGCCAUCCUUCUGUCCGAAAGCACAUGCGUGAGAAUGAGCCAACCAUUGUCCAUGGAUUUGACAUCUGGCAUGUUGUAAAAGGGAUGAAGAAAAAGCUUGAAGCUGCAGCCAAUUCCCGUGCAUGUGCUGCCCUAAAACCAUGGGUGCAGCAUAUUUGUAACCACCUUUACUGGUGUAGUGGCAACUCUGAGGGGAAUACAGAGUUUCUGCUUAGCAUGUGGAGAAGUUUGACCCGGCAUGUUAUCAACAUCCAUGACAGCCAUGACGGACCAUACAACCGUUGCCUCCACGGUGACCUUGGCGACCGGAGACCCUGGCUGCAGCCUGGCACUGUUGUUUACAUAAAACUGUGCAAGAUAGUGUUAGACAAAAGGCUACUGAAGGAUAUUGAACAGCUCUCUACAGUGGGGCAAACAUCAGGCCUGGAAUCCUUCCACUCCUUGCUUCUGAAAUUUGCUCCCAAAUCAACGGCAUACACUCCAAAAGUUAUGCGUGCAAGGACGCAAAUCGCUAUCCUGCAUUUUAAUGAAAAUGCUGACCGCCCACUUGCACGUCGAAAGGAUGGUGGUCUGAUGUACAGGAGAAAGCUAGUUAAGACGAAAAAGGGCACGGAAGUAGUUUCUACCAUGAAGACAAGAGCAUGA